AGAAGGAUACUACUGACAUCAGUCGACAUUCAGCGGACCAAUCAAAAACAUUCCUCCGGUUUUAGCUCAAAGGACGAAUUCGUUAUACCCCUUCGUGCAGAAUGGAAAUCACCGUUAAAGUCGUAUUGGUGAAAACCCCCUAAAAUAAUUCGCGUCCAUUUGUAUUGUGUUGUGUGUCCUCCACCCUCGUGAAAAAACGUGACGACACCUUUAAGAACCGAGUGACGCGAUAUAACAAGGAAUGGCGACUCUACGGAUACGGGCAUGGCGAUUAAUAUCUUCUUAGCAAAAUGAGGAAACUUCUUCUACUUCGGACAAGUUGGCGCCUCUGCAAUAACAAGACGUUUAUCUCUUUUUAUUUUUCAAUUGGUUUGGAAUACGCCUGAUUUGCUUUGUAUUUCGCUUGAUAUUAUCUUUUUUACCUUGGCAAAGCAACUGUAAAUGAAUCAAUUAAAAAAAAAAGAAAAUCAAUUUGUGGGUUUGGUUGUCCAAGGGUUUGUCUGCCGAUGACGUAUAUCACUGGAUCGAUAACAGUUUGAGUCAACGGAAAAUACGCGAUAAGCUAUACAUUACGGAUGUCAAAUAAGACUGACAUUCGUUCCACCUGUCAUAAACACGUGAUAAUCUAUAAUCCUAACUCCAGACGACGGGUAAGAAAGAUAGUCUGAAGAUAUGCCUGUGUAACAUAAGUACAAAACAAGCGAAAACAAGGACAUCAUGAUUGAGUUUGAUAAUUUAUACGAAAUAGGGAUACGCUAGUCCGAGACCUUAUAACUUGUCCUGAUCCUUUAUUUUCGUGACUGUUUGUCAUAAGUGGUCGUUGACGCUGAAUGAUGCGCUGGUCCUCGUUAAUCUUCAUCGCCCUGUUGGGUGGCUCCUUUACACUACUCGAAGGAGCGCCAGCUCCCGAAACAACCAAGUUGUCGCCAUCUACUGAAGAUGAAGACAAGAAUAUUUUUACUUGUAACCUUUGCGAGGACUUUGUCAACGAUAUCUACGAGCUCUUACGAAAUGGAACAGUAACCGACGAGCAAAUUGUCGAGUACAUUGUCGGAAUCUGCAUCCGAUUGGAUAUUUUUGCCAAUCCCGAUCAAGUUUGUGGUGGAAUGGCUCGCAUCGCUCUGCCAACUAUCAAGUACAUUGACAGCACCGACGUGGUCAAUGUCGGCAACGUCUGUGGAAUGCUCCUGCAGGAUCAAAACUGCCAAUUUUCCGAUGUGCAACAGUUGGAAUGGACCAUCAACCUCAACGCCGAAACUAAGCCACCAGUGAAUCAACCAAGCCAACCUCCGGCAGGUUCACCAACUGUCAAAGUGCUACACUUGGCCGACAUCCAUUGGGAUCCGGAAUACCUGGCUGGAUCGAAUGCCGAAUGCGGAGAUCCGCUCUGUUGUCGUGAAACUUCGGGGGAAGUUGUCAACGCCACAGCCGCCGCCGGUUACUGGGGGGAUUAUCGCACCUGUGAUUUACCCUGGUAUUUAGUAGAAAAUGCAGUUUCUCAAAUGGCUGAACUACACCCGGAUAUUGCUUAUAUCAUCUGGACGGGAGAUUUGACUCCUCACGACGUCUGGUCAACCGCUAAAGACGAAAAUAUCAUGAUCAUUGAUAGUUUAAUGACUCUGAUACAACAACACUUUCCCGGAGUUCCUGUUUACCCAACCUUAGGGAACCACGAGUCUCACCCAGUCAACACUUUUGCUCCACCUGAAAUUACUGAUGUUGAGCUCAACACUGCUUGGCUGUACGACGAAGCUGAUAGACAAUGGGCUCGAUGGCUUCCGGCGGAAGUCUCGGCUACCAUCCGUUACGGAGGUUUCUACACUGCCCUGGUCCAGCCCGGUCUUCGCAUAGUUUCGAUGAACAUGAAUUAUUGCUACACACUCAAUUAUUGGACAUAUUUCAAGUCACAAGAUCCAGCCUCCAGUCUUCUUUGGCUUAGUCAAAUUCUAGAGGAAGCGGAACUUAAUGGUGAAAAAGUUCACAUUCUCAGUCAUAUCCCACCUGGCAAUGGUGACUGUUGGACGAUUUUUAGUCGAGAAUUCGCCAGAAUUAUCAAUCGAUUCGAAUCGACUGUGGCAGCUCAAUUUUACGGCCACACCCAUAAAGACGAAUACAAAAUUUUCUACGACACGGUCGACGUCACUAGGCCUGUUAAUGUGGCCUUUAUCGCACCCAGUCUUACCACCUAUUCUAAGCUCAAUCCCGGGUACCGGACCUACACUGUCGACGGACCAAGAACCGAUUCCACUUGGGCCGUACUUGAUAUCAACACGUACAUCAUGAACCUGACGGACGCCAAUCUAAAAGGUUCAGAAGUCGACCCAGUUUGGUUUGAACUCUAUCAAGCUAAACAGGAAUAUGGACUUGAUGAUUUAAGUCCGCAGUCAAUGGACACACUCUUCCAACGGAUGGUGACCGAUGACGCUCUUUUCCAGCUCUAUUUCAAGAACUACCACAAGAAUGCGGAUCAGGUUGUAGCCGAGGGUUGCGCAGGCCGCUGUCGCUCGAAUAUGCUUUGCCGUAUCGUCACCACCGACAUUGCCGACCAAAGUAAAUGCGAUCAGAUUCGUCACCAGAUUUUCAGCCAUCCCGAGUUUUGAUGAAACUAUAGCUAUAAACCACUGUCUGUAUUAUUUGUCUACAUUUAAUAGCCUAUCGUCCAAUAAAAAUACGAGUUAUGCAUGUCA